ACUUGCUUAUGUGGACGGUUCGUGGAAAACACACUUAAUUUGGUAAAAUUGACAACAGAUUCAAUUCGUUUCAAUGACAACAACAACUAGAAGAAGAUGAAGAUCACAGUAAUGACCGCCGAUGAGAAAUUCAUCUCCUUAGAUGUCGACCCCGACGAAGCUGUCGAAAAUGUCAAGGCUUUGCUUGAAGUCGAGAGUGGGGUGGUGUUGCAGCAGCAACAAUUGAUGUACAAUGGCAAGGAGAUGAAUAACCAUGACAAACUCAGUGUACUCGGUGUUUGCGAUGGCGAUUUGAUCAUGAUGCUUUCUAAUGCUGCUCCUCCUUCUCGUCCAUCUUCAAGUGACCUUGCCCUCAGUCCUGAUGGUUCUGCUGUCAACCCUGCUGCUGCUUUUCAGCAGCAAGUUCGUGGAGAUUCUAAUCUGAUGGCUCAAUUGUAUCAGGAAUCUCGUUCCUUGACUAAUAAGGGAUAUGGGUUGAAGAAGUGGCGAAGGAUUAGAAGAAAAUAUGUUGUUAUCACCAAGGAAACGGAUUUGGAAAAGGAAAAGGAUUAUGAUUCCGAUUCUACUGCUGGUAGAAUGCUCAAGAGAGGGUCUGCUAACAUUUUGAAUGACAAUGUUGUUUCUUCAAUGUCACCUAAUCACAACAAUUCAGCUGCUGCUGUUGUUGACACUUUCAAUGUCGGUGCGGAUUCCGAUAACAGUGAGGACAGCCAUAGCCAUCGGAGUAGCAGCAAGUCAUCAACGGCUGCUAGCCAUCCCAAGAUCUCUCUUCGAGCUUCAACUCAAGCUCAUCAUCCGCAUCCGAAUCAGCGCAGGCCCAACAAACCCAUCUUGAAUCAACCUCAGCCUCAGACUCAUCCCGACCCUAUCAAGAAACAGAAACCCAGAGAAACCUCCCCCCUUUCUAGCAUGGAGUCUGAUUCCAGAAGUUCUUUUCGCGAUCAUCUUCCGACUCCAAAUCCCUCAACCUUUGAUGCAGCCCAUCCCCAUCCCCAUCCCCUGCCUUCGCCACCACCCUGUCAACAACAACUUCCCUCUACUCUUACUGGAACUACUAAUUUUGGUCUUUCAUCAGAUUCUUCAGAUCAAUUGUCCUCCACUGCUUACCAUGGGAACACUAAGGUCUCCACUGACAGCGAUCCUCUUCUCGACUCUCUCUUGCUGCUCCAAUCUGCCCAACUUGCUCUUCAAACAGAAGUUCAGAAGUUUGGGGAGAUAGGCAAGGGCAUUUGUUCAUUGUGCGAUGACUCUGACAAGACUAGUGGUGUUCCUGUCCCAUCUUUGUCUGUUGAUCCUUUAGUCUACAUGGAAAAUGCUUUUGAUGGUUGGAGUGAGUUUAAUCAUGCCUAUUUGAGCAAGAUUGUCCAAACUCUUGAAAGACAGCUGAAUGAAGCUGAAGGUAGCCUCAAGGAGAAGGAACUGAGGAUUGCUGAACUAGAAACAAUGAGAAGUAUGGAAUCACCUCAAGAAAGUGUAAGGAGCACUAUGGAGCAGCAAAGUAAAAGAUACAUAGUAAUGGAAGUUGAGCUGCAGGAUCUUUUCAUGAAAAAACUUGAAGCUGAAGUUCAGUCAGUUGUGAUAGCAAGAUCUUCCAAGGAAUUCAGUGUUCUUGUUGAAGAUAGCAUAUUGAGGGAGCAAAUUUCUCUAAGUAAGGAGCAAGCACAAUCUCCAAAAUUGGCAGUGAGUGUAGAAAACAAGGCUGUCAUUCUAAAAGGGCAAGCUGAGAAGUUGGAUGCACUGUAUGGUGAUAUCUUUGGUGGUGAAGAGAUUCAGAAGAUGCAGAAACGAGUAUUUAAGUUUACAAAAUGCCUUAUUUUUCAAUUGGUUUUGCUGGUCUUAGUAUUUGCACUGUUUGUCAUGCAACUAGUACCCAAAUCAGCAAUGGUUGUACCCACUUAAUAGUUAAUACACUCUAUUUAUGGGGUUAGGUGAUUUCUUUUUCAUCUUGUAAUCCUGGGUUGAAUUAAGAUAUAUGAUUAAUUUUCUUUUCUUUUUA